GAGACACACUGACACAUAUAAAAGCGCUUUCCUAUACUAUUGCUGCACAGUAGCACUGUAUUGCAGUAGUAGUCCACAGUACACUCUGUCUUAAUCCUAUUUUACGAGCUCAAUUUCUUCAGUAUCUCGAGUGAAAUAAUCCUCCAGAGAGGACGUAUCGACCUGCUCUAUCGGUGUUAUAUCUCGGAGUGAACGAGAAUCAAAUAUUUUGCGUUCGAGUAAAAUAAUUUGAAUUUUGAAUAUGGCGUUUAAUGAUCACAUCUCGCAAGCAAUGGCGCUUCAGCACUAUACUGAUCAACAACUAACCGCCGACGUCUCACCGGAAGUCAAGACCGGACCGCCGACUUGGCUGAACAACGCGAUUCUCCGGCAACAAAACCACCACCACUACGCCGGAGAAACUAACUUUCUUCACCUGCAGACCACCAAUUCCGACUCAUCGGCGUCGAAUCAGUGGCUCUCGAGACCGAUUAAUAUCGAAAACGACGUCGAUCACAACAACUCGAUGAUGCAAAUUAGUGAUGAUGAGAAGAAAUUCAAUCAUAUGAGCGGACUUAAUGAUGUCGCCGACGGAGGAGACUGGCAGAGUGUCAAGUGUAAGGCGGAGAUACUUUCGCAUCCGUUGUAUGAUGAGUUGCUUUCGGCUCAUGUUUCGUGUUUACGGAUUGCGACGCCUGUGGAUCAGUUGCCGAGGGUGGAUGCGCAGCUGGCUCAGUCGCAUCAGGUGGUUGCAAAAUAUUCCGGUCUCGGAGAUAGUAUCAACCAGCCGCUUGAUGAUAAAGACCUUGAUCACUUCAUGACACAUUAUGUUCUACUGCUUUCUUCCUUCAAAGAACAAUUGCAACAACAUGUUCGUGUUCAUGCCAUGGAAGCAGUCAUGGCUUGCUGGGAGCUUGAGCAAUCUCUACAAAGCUUGACCGGUAUAGCGCCCGGUGAAGGCACAGGCUCAACAAUGUCAGACGACGAUGAUGAUCAGGCUGAAAGUGACACCAAUUUGUUCGAAGGAAGUCUAGAUGGACAGGACAGCAUGGGUUUUGGACCCCUUGUCCCAACUGAAAGUGAAAGAUCCUUGAUGGAACGUGUGAGGCAAGAGUUGAAGCAUGAGCUGAAACAAGGUUACAAGGAGAAAAUUGUCGACAUCAGAGAGGAAAUUUUGCGUAAAAGAAGAGCGGGAAAACUUCCGGGUGACACUACUUCCCUGUUAAAAGCUUGGUGGCAGUCACAUUCCAAAUGGCCCUAUCCGACUGAGGAAGACAAAGCAAGAUUGGUGCAAGAAACAGGCUUACAGCUAAAGCAGAUUAAUAACUGGUUUAUAAACCAAAGGAAAAGGAAUUGGCACAGUAACCCGUCAUCUUCAACUGUUCCAAAGAGCAAACGCAAGAGUAAUGCAGGUGAAAGAAAUGCUGAGCCUUUCAUGUGAUAUUUACGUCAUCAAGCAUUUUCUUGAGCUGCAACACAGAGCUUGUGAUGAGUGGAGUAGGGAAAUGCUUUCUCUUAAUGCUGCAUAACAUAUACUACACAAGCUCGGCUUGAGAAGAAUAUACUAGAUACUUUUGGGUAAUACUUAUAGUAUAUAGGUAUCGUAGACAUAAAAAUCGACAUCUAUCAUGUAGCAAAAGAUGCUGCCAUUCCCACCUUCAUGUGAUUAGCUUCAAGCACAGAUUGGCUCCUGAGGAAGAUUGAUUAAUAUGGGCAUGAAGGUAUGCUAGUACUCGCACAAUUUAGAAUUAUGACAGUGUUGUUUUCAUUUCUAAUUGUUUACUAUUUUUCUCUUUACCCGGCGACUACCGUGGCUAGUUAUAGGUUUGUACUUUGGGGUGUGGAUACAUGAUGUAAUUAGUAAUAUACUCUGUCUGUAGUAAGAAGACUGUAUGGGGUAAUGAAAUGCAAAAAACUUGAUUCCUUCGAUAA